AUUAAAUUGGAUAACCAAAAACAAACGUGAACCCAAUUGACGAUUCAUUGAUUUUUACUUAAGUAAUAAUAAAAGCAUCAUCUAAUAAAGCUGAAAUUAGAGCACCACCUAUAUUAAUAACCUAGUUUCUAACGAAAAAGAAAAUAACAUGCUGCAGAUAUGCAACAAUGGGCACUGAAAAGUUAAAUCAUUACUAAGCAACUAAGUAAAACAAGAAAUACGAGUAUUUACAUUCCUGUUCUGCAACCAAACAUAAUGGCAGAAAUUCACAUGUUCAACGAAUGCAUAUUUUUGGUUGGCAUUCUGAAUACCGCAUUCAUUCAAUAAUUAACAUUCAUUAGUGGCCGCAUAAUGGAUAAACCGACCAGAAUACAGAAAUUGAAAAAUGAACUACAAAUAUGGCUUAGAGGAGACCCUGUUCCAGGUUUUGUUGCUAGACCAGCCCAAAAUGAAGAUGGAAGUAUAAAUUUUCUUGAAUGGGAAUGUGUGAUCCCCGGUAAAGUGAACACUUUUUGGGAAGGUGGUGUUUAUCGGUUAAGGCUCAUUUUUGACGAGGAAUAUCCGAUAAAACCACCUAAAUGCUUAUUUAACCCUGUUUUAUUCCAUCCUAAUAUUUUGGAUUGCGGUCUUGCCAUUUUACCACCUAUUAUUUUCAAUUGGAAACCAGAGAAUACAAUUAAGACAAUACUGUUUUCGUUCCAAGAAUUUUUGGAUAGACCAACUUAUACUGAUGAUUGCUGUGUGAAUAUGGAUGCAUUUAAACUUUAUGAGCAGAACAGAACACAGUACGAUAAAUUAAUUCAAGAGCAAGCUCUACGUACUUAUUUACGUUCUUUACCACUUUAUGGUGAAUAUUAUCAACAUUAAACAAUAAUUUUAUAAUUGAUUGUGAAUUAUUUUUCCGUUUUUAUUAUUUGGCUUCUUAGUUAUACAAAUUAAUACAAGAGCAAGCUCUACUUACUAAUUUACGUUCUUUACCACUUUAUGGUAAAUAUUAUCGUCA